AUGAAAAAGAGGGAAAAGCUGAGAGAAGUAGGAAAUCAAGCUGUUUGGUCGCUGUCUUCUUGCAAACCAGGAUUUGGAGUAGACCAGCUUCUAGAUGAGUCCAAUGAUACAUAUUGGCAGUCGGAUGGUCCACAACCCAUCUGGUAAAACAUCCAGUUCAAUCGAAAAACAACCAUCCAUGAUAUAUGCAUCUAUGCUGACUACAAAUCUGAUGAGAGUUAUACUCCAAACAGAAUAUCAAUAAGAGUUGGCAACCAUGCCAAUGACUUGUCAGAAGUUGAGCAAAUUGAGCUGUCAGAGCCCUCAGGAUGGGUAUGUGUGCCACUGAGAGAUGCCAGUGACAGACUCAUCCGCACAUUUAUGCUGCAGUUGGCAGUUUUGUCCAAUCACCAGAAUGGACGCGACACUCACAUUCGACGUAUCAAGGUUCGAUCCCCAGCUCAGUCCUCAGAUGUUGGUUCUGCACGAUUACCUGUCUUCACUAGCAAAGAGUUCCAACAAUAUGCAUUUGUCAGAUAAAAAAUUGUAUUUGAAUACCUGUGUGUUUGAAUGAGUCAGUGUUUGCAUGUUGGUUAAUGACAAAGUAUAGAUACAGAAGGCUAUUUAACAGGAAAGCAACAUCCAGGUGGCUCAAAUUCUAGCCCCAGCUAUGAGAUUUGCAUAAACACUUGUGAGAUUGUCUUAAUUAUAUUUGCAGGUUCUGUUUUCUCUGUCAGUAGAAACUCUUUUUUUCUUUUUAAGAAUAAUAACUUGUACGCUUCCAUAAGAUCUUGCCAUCAUACUGCUUUGUACUUGUGCUAUUCAUACACAGAGAAAUAGGAAAAAACUGUAAUAUCUUUUAUUUGUAUUUAACAAUUAAAAACUCAAAGCUCCA